UGAGAGAGGCGGCGUACCAGCAACAGUACCGCCAUUAGUUUCAUCUGAAGACGCGUCGCAGCAUUGGUUUGACUCUGGCUGUGAAGCGAACCGCUUGGGGAGUAUGAGCAAGGGCAGCUCUCGUGGAGUAAUGGCGUGCUGGUUCGGCCAAGCAGCUGGCCACAGGAAGCGCUUGCAACGGCGAGCUCUCGUUUCACCACUCGUAGAUUCAGAGGGACGAGCUCUAUAGUCUGAGCCGCGUCAUUGGAGAAACUCGAUGAUUCUUUCGUCUUCUCGGAAUUCUCUCGUUUCUAGCUUUGCCGCAAGAUUUGACGUUACGAAGUUCAUCCUUGUUAGUGUCAGCUCAGGACUUUGCUAAUCGAACCUUAGCACAAAUAUAGCCUGUAAGUUUGCGAACAUAGGUCUUUUUUUUAGCAGAAGUGGUACGGGGUUUCGUUUCUGCGACAAAUCGAAUCACAGGCGGCUUGGUUCGGUGCUCGUUUAUCGCGGCGCCGCGUCGAAUCGUGCACCGCAUUGAGCCGCUCUUCGCCGCAGCCAUUAUGGGAGCCUUCCGAAACGACGACGAGCGGUUACCAGUGGUAACCACGGACUCGCACACCGAUCAAGGGACUCCCGGCUUCCCUUGGACUAUCAGACAAUCAGAAAAAUCGGAACGAAAUAGUCGUCGAAAGCUACAAUCCGAGGAUCCGUCGACCGGCCACAAGUGGCUCUACUCCCUAGCCCUGUCGUUCUUUCUGCCGUCCUCUCAGCUUCAAAGAGAUGCUGCUGCCGAGCCUUCUCAGAAGCCGCCUCAGCAACGGAUACCGAAGCAGACUCGGAAGCAGAAGCAGAAACAGAUGCAGCAGGAGAUACAGAAGCCGAGCGAGGAGCAGACGGGCUACUGGGCGCUCUUCCGCCUCGCGCUGCCGUCCAUUCUGCUGCAGAGCGGCGCGCCCCUCGCCAUCACCGUGCAGACGGCGCUGCUGGGCCGCAAGGACACGCAGCUCGUCGCGGCAUGGGCCGUCGUCGCCACGGCCACGAAUGCAGCGACCGUCAUUUUCAACUUCCUCGUUGUCGGGGUCACAGCAAAGGUCACUAAGGUGGUGGCAGUGGGUGGAUGGACGCAAGUGGGCGCUCGAAUCCGUCUGGCAUUGGCCAUGGCACUAGCCACUGGCGCAGUGGCCGUGGCUAUUCUGCUCUCCGCUCAAGGACUGCUGUGGACGAUGCUGAGUCACUCGCCCUCCGUGCUGCAGUACGCUAAGAGCUACUUUUACUUAAGAGUCAUGGGCGUGCCGCCGCAGCUGCUGGUGAUGUGCACAUCGGGCGUGCUGCAGGGCUACAAGCACGUGGUGCUGGUGGCAUGGCUGCAAGCAGCAAGAGUGCUUCUGGACGUGCUGGCGUCCUACAUCUCUCUCUACGUCCUCGACUGGGGGCUAGUGGGUGUCGGCAUCGGCACCAUCCUCGCAUCCUGCACCGUUGCAGCCGCUUCGUUUGCCUGCAUACUCCUGCUCCCACCCCCAGAGGGCAAAGGGAAAAUCUGCAUAUUCUCCCCGAUCCUCUCGUUCCUCGCUCGGAGAGUCUCCGGACCGCAGAGGCUGCUCUGCCGAGCCUCAAGCCAGCUGAUUUCCCGAACCUGCUCAAAGGCUCGGAUGUGUGGUGUGGCAGUGUUGGAAGACGCUCGGGUGCUGCUUUUGGAUGGCUUGGAGAGGGACAGGGAUGGGAAGGAAGGGGGCGGGAUAGAGGGGAGAACUGUGAAGAGUUGUGAAUCAGCGUAUGAGCUCAUUCAACAGUCGCAUGGGUGUGCACAUGGGGAAGGGGCGACAGAGUACGAAGCGAGGGAGGGAUGGGAUGAGGAAAAGGAGGGGCGUGAGGGCCAACAAGUGGAGGGCAGGGAGAGCGAAGUGGAUGCAGCAGAAGAGAGCAGGCCAGUUGCGAAAAAACCUGAGAAAGAGGCUGAUGAAGAGAGUGAGAGAAAUACUUAUAAUGAGGAAAUGCUUCUGGGUGUUGAUGGAGGGGUAAGGAGGGAGGGGCCGGCAUGGCCAUGCGUGGACGAACUGGAGGUUAGGGUGGUGGUGGAGGAGAGAGCAAGAAUCCACGCAUCUGCUUUCACAGGCUGGGAAGGGAGAGAGGAUGGGGAAGGGAGAGGAAGUGGAGAAGAGCGAGAGUCUGGGGGAUGAGAAGGGAGAGAGUGUGGCGAGUGAGGAGAUUCUGAGGGGGGGAGGAAGGGGCGGCAAGAGGGGAGCGAGAGAGGAAGGGAAGAGCAAGGCAGAGGAGGAGGAGGAGGAGGAGGAGGAGAGGAUAAACGAGGUGCUGAAUGAAAGCACGUGGAAGUUUCUCAGGGACGGACUGAGCACCAUUCUCAGAAGCACUCUUGUACAGGUGUCAUUUUUCCUCGUGCUCUCCUGUGCCACUUCUCUCGGGGUGCACGCCGUGGCAGCACACCAGAUCCUCAUGCAGCUGUGGAUGGUCAACAUUUACAUCGCCGAUGGCUUUGCUACAGCCGGCACCAUAGUGGCCAGCAGCCUGGCGGGAAAGAUGGCCCAGGCGAGGACAAGGGAGGAGCACGCAGGGCACUUGGCAGACCUCAGGCUCGUGUGCUGGCGCGUGUUGAGGAUGGGGCUGAUCGCGGGCGUGCUCAUCUGUGCGGCAUACACAUCCCUGGAGGACCGCAUAACGGCUCUCUUCACGUACGACGCAGCCACCAAGGCGCAGCUCAAGGAAGUGUGGCUCUACCUGGCGCUCAUUCAACCCCUCAACUCCGUUGUUUUCGUGUACGACGGGCUCAUCUAUGCAGCACAGGCCUUCUCCUACAUGGCUGCAUGCCUCACUGUUGGCUUCUUCACUCUCUUCCUCCCAGUCGUGUCUCUCGCUUAUUUCCACUUCAAGACGCUCCUCGCCGCAUGGGCAGCAAAGGGUGUACUCAACGCGGUACGCUUCGUGGUGGCCAGUUACAAAAUACACGUCGACUUCCUCUGCCCGGACGCGUCCCACCUACCACCGCAACCGUUCCUGGACCCAAUCUCUCAGGCUCCUAAAAAAGGCCGUCGCUUACAAGAUACACGAUGACUUCCCUGUAUAAAUUAGCACUAGUAUAAAUUAAAAUCAUUGAAAUAAGUGAGUUAUCAAAGGCUAAGAAUGUACUGUAUAAAGCCCAUGUAUAAAGCCCAUUGUCAUCU